CCCGGGCUUCUGCGACCUGGGCGCGGGCGCUGGCGGGCUCGGGCUCCUCGGUGGUCAUGAGGCGGAGAAGCCAGGACGAGGAGGCGUGCGGCGUGUGGCUGGACGCGGCGAAGCUGAAGAGGCGGAAGGUGCAGACUCUCUUACUCAAACCAGGCACAAAAUUGCACACACUCUUUGCUGGAGAGAGAAAACCCAGUAUUUCUCUUCCUCAAAGAAAGACUCCAUCAGCAGGCACUCGGCAAACCAGCAUUACUUCCUUCAUCACUUUGCGAUCAGGAAUGACAAGUGGCGAUAACCAGAAAAGUACUCCAUCUCAUAGAGAAAGCCAGACCAACAAGGAGCCCCAGAAAGAUGCAAGCCAGGUGCAGUGUUUGGAACAGCACUUGGGGAAUGAUUGCUUGGCACUCCCUUUGGCCACUUCAACCCCUGCAGACAUCCAGGAAGCUGGACUUUCUUCCCAGUCUCUGCAGAUUUCUGAUAAUCACAGUUUCAGAACUCCAGUUUUGAUUGUGCCAUCUUUGUCCCAGUCUGACAUCCUGGUGUGUGCUGGAGAGAGUAAUUCCUUUACCCAGGACUUGGAAUAUUCUUGUUUACUGGGCCAAAGGGAUUCUUCCAGGAAAAGGGAAUGGCUUCACGGAUCUAAGACGAACUGCUUGGGCAUAGACAGACACAGGAAAUCACCUGGAAGGCAGUGCCAUCUGCCCUUGGACAAAGCUGAAUUGGAGAGGAAGGUGUCUGCCAAAGAGAACAAGCAAGCCCCUGUGCGCCUUCAAACCUAUCGGGAGUCCCAGAGUAGAAAAAACACUCUAUCAGUGAAACAAAGACCCUGUCCUCUUCCUCUGUUUUCUUUGGACAGUCCAAAGAAUGACAAGGACUCCUGGAGCCAGCUUUUCACUGAAGAUUCUCAAGGCCAGCAGGUAAUUGCUCAUAGUUCUAGGGGUCCUUUCCAUGAUGUAACCAAUGCCUGGAAACAAGACUUAGGGCAGUUUUCUGAGAGCCAGGAUGAACUAACUCAGUUACAUUUGCAGCCUGACCUGCUUUUUACCCAGGACUCUGAAGGUAAUCAGGUUAUCAGACACCAAUUCUAAAUGUUUGCCUCAGGGUUUUUUUCUGUACCUUGUAGGGUGGGGAAUGAAGAUUAGUGACCAAGCCACAUGGGAUACUGUUAUUGAGGAGCACUUUGUGUAAAUAAAGCAUGCAGUGCUGCUGGCGGA